AUGCAGAAUAUUAAGCAAUGUACAUACAAGCAAACGACAAUAUUUGAUUACGUAUCAUUCUUGAAAGAACUUAAUUACAAGAAACUGUAUGAAGCUAUUUCAAAAUGGACAUUUGAAAAUAGAAUAUUUUUUAAUAAAGAAGAUGAUAUUGAUAUUGAUCUAGAGAGGUUAUCGUUUGGAGAAUCUGUAAUGAAUAGGGAUAUAGAGAAUUCUCGGGAUCUUGCUAACGAUGAAUGGGGAUCAUGCGAAAUAGAUAAUUCAAUUAUUGAUAAUUCAAUUAUCGACAUACAAGAUGAUGAUGAUUAUUUUGAAUAUCCUGAUGACAACGAGGUUGAAUCAUUUGUUGAAUGUGAUGAUGAUUUAUAUGAUCAAUUUGAUUGUUAUGAGAGUUCAUGGAGUGAUCCGGAAUAUUAUGUUGAUGAGAUGGAAAGUAUUGAGAUACCGUUUGAAAAGUCUUUGGUAACUAAAAAGCUAUUGAUCGCUAAAGAGAUUUGUUUGUAUUUAAUGAGUCAUUGCAGAAAUUUUGAGCAACUUGUUUUGGAUACUCGAGGUUGGUCAAGGGCCUUAUCUAUUGCUUCACGUGAUUAUAUUUCUUUACCUUGUUUCCCUGGAGCGUCCGAAUGUUUAUCAAAGCUUACUGUAUUUGUUUUAAGUGGCGAAUUCGAUAAGGCCGAUAUACUCGAUGCGAUGGCUAUAUACUGUAAGGAUAUUCAUUCUCUUACAGUUGUUGAUUCGUAUCAUAGUUCACCUCAUUCUUUAGCGAAUCUCAUCAACGCUCAAAAUGGACUAGCUUCAUUCACUUGGAUUAGUGGAGGUGAAAAUGCUUCUUCGAUCUUAUGGUCAUUUGUAACCCAAAGUGAAAGUCUUAAAACUAUUAAUUUGCUUAGGGCUUAUACAAGAGAUUAUGAUGCUUAUGAUGGUUUGGCUGCAUGUAAAAAUUUGGUGAAUUUACAAUUAAUGGAAUGUCACCUUUCAAGUCUCCACAUGAAAGCUUUGGCUAACGCAGAUUUUCCUCAUCUCAAGUCAAUUGAAAUCAGUGACCCUCAUAACUAUGAGGACGAACAAGACGAAGAAAUUGAACCACCUUCAUUAGAAUUGACCAGUUUGAUUCACAAUGCUAGUAAACAUCUCCAAGAAAUAAGAUUAAAUUUAGAGCUACAUUUUUAUCCUGGAAUCAUUGAGACAAUAGCAAAUAAUUGUCCAAACUUAACUUUAUUUUCAGGAAGCAUUAAAAAUGAUGAACAAAUUAUUGAAUUAAUAAAAUUAUUAAUUGGCUGUAAAUUGCUUGAAAAUUUAAUUAUCAAUGGAUCUUCCCGAAGUAGUUUGCUUCCUGUUGAUGAUAUGUUAGCUCAGAUCGGUCAAUCAAUUCCAGAAGGUCUCAAAUAUUUAGAUUUAUCUAGAUGGACCUUUUCUGGAAAAUCUUUGAACCAAUUCUUAAUAAAUUGUAAAGCCACAUUAAGGUGUAUUUCUUGGCAUUGUUUCUUUAGUUGUGAUGAACAUAAGGAAGCAAUUGAACGUUAUGCUAGAGAAAGGGGAAUCAGCGUACGAGAAUUUCGCGUUGGAUCAUAUGAGAGUGGAUAUGCAUGGCAAAGACAUGUUCAUGUUUUGGUUGAUUUUGAAAUUCCGGAAUAA